AUGACAAAAAUACAAAAUGAUAUUAUGUUACCCUUUUUUUCUGUGUCAUCAAAACAUUGUAAGAAUAAUACAAAUGUUGUUACAUACUGUAGAACAAGAAAAAGAAGGAAAAGGAAAAGGAAGAAAGAAAAGUAUUGCCAUAGAUGUAUAAAUAUCCGAAAACUUAUAAAAUAUGAAAAAUAUAACAACUUAAAGAGUAAUUAUGUUUAUAUUGAUUUAAAGAAAAUGAUAAGAAAUAAAUCAUAUGAGAAUGAUUAUAAAUAUUUUGUUAAGUAUAAUAAUAUCAAAAGUAGUAAUAUUAUCAAUAGUAAUAAUAUAAAAAAUUAUAAAAAAAAAUAUCUAGAGUCAUUACCAUUUUAUAAUGAUUCUUAUAUUACUAGUAUGUAUAUAUAUGAAUCUCUUGUUUUAGUUACAUGGUCUAAUGGGAUUAUUAGUCUAUUUAAUCAUAAAUAUAACCACAUUGUUUCAAGGAAAGUUACUAAUCAUUUAAUAAAAAAUUUGUGUAUGAAUUGUUCAGAAAAUAUGAUUGCUUUUAUGGAUAAUAUGGACAGUUUAUAUUUUAUUAAUUUAAACAAUAAUAUCAUAAAUAAAGGACUACAUAAAAAUGUGAUAUUUAUAUCUAAUGAUAUAUAUGAAAAAGGAUAUAAUUAUAACAAUAUUGAUUAUAAUAAUGAUCGAGAAAUUGAUAGGUUAUCUGUCGAUUUUACAUACAAUAAAUUAAAUAAAAAAAAAAAGAAAAUGUACGACAUGAAUAAUAAAAAGGAUAAUAUAAUAAAUGUUAUUAUAUCAGAUGAAAUAAUGAAAUAUAAUAUAAAAAAUUUAACAACCUUUUGUAUAAAUCCAUAUUACAAUAAUAAUAAUAAUAAUAAUAAUAAUAUAUGUGUAUUAACAAAUAAAAAAACAGUUUCUUUAAUAUAUAUUUAUGAGUAUCAUAUAAAUAGUGUCCUUUUAUUUAAAGAUGAUAAUAUUUUAAAUAUAUAUUGGUAUGAAUCGUUUAUAUUUAUAUGUACUCCUCUGUCCGUUUUUGUCAUCAAUUUUUUCAACAAGACAAAAAUUGCUCAAAUGAAAUUUAUUGGUAAUUUAAAUGGGAACGUGGAUAAAACAUUUUUCUUAUUUAUAGAAAAUUAUACAGGAAAGGAAAAGGAAUUUCAAGGAUAUAACAAAAUAAAUUAUAUCAAAAGAAAGGAAAAAAAAAUGGAAAAAAAAAUGGAAAGACAAAAGGAAGACCAAACGGAUAACCAAAAGGAUGGCCAAAAGGACGGCCAAACGGAUGGCCAAACGGACGGCCAAACGAAUAACCAAAAGGAUAAUACAAAAAACCAAUUAAUUCAUUGCUCCCAAAAUAAUUAUCCUUGUACAUAUGAAAACCUCUUAUAUGUAAUAAAAACAAUGUGGCCCAAUUUAUUCUCUGUUCAUAUUUGUCGCGGUAUCGAAAAAGGAGUAUAUAUUAUUGCAAAAGAGAAAAAUAUAAAAAUUAUAAAAAUUCAGAAAAUAAAUGGUAUUGAAAAAGUAUAUAUUUUAAAAGAUUUUUAUAUAGAGAAUUAUAUUUUAAGUAUAAAUAUAUUAUAUAAUACAACUUAUAAUAUAUUAAAAAAUGAUUUUUGUUUAUCCGUAAUAGCUUUUAAUAUGGAUACAUAUAUUUCAAAUGUAUUUACAAAUUAUAAGGAUAUAAAAAAAAACAAAUUUUUGGAACAUUAUAUAUUAACCCUUAACAAUUUUUUCUUACAUAAAACGAAAAUGACAAUAUUUGAAACACAAGAAAAACAAAAUGAAGAAAAUGAUAAAAUGAAACUUGAAGGAGAAAAUAUAAAUAUACAAAACAAUAGUAAUGAUUAUAAUAUUCAUGAAUUAUAUAAUAAUAACCAUAUGAUAUAUAAAACGAUUCCCCAAAAUGAAGAUCAUAAUGUAAAUAUAAAUAAUAAUUGUGCUGAUGAUAUUAUACAAUCACAAAAACAAAAAAUUACAAAUAUUUCUUAUAAUAAUAAUAAUAAUAAUAAUCAAGUUCAACCGAACAAAUAUAAUCACGCGAACCAAACAACGACAAAGGAACAAGAUAAUUUUUUCCAUUUUUAUAAAAGUAAUAUAUAUGAUAUGGAAAAUAGAACCUGUAAUAAUAAUAUAUUACAAUAUUGUGUUAUGAAUAAUAAAUCAUAUUUAUUUCAUAAUAUAUCAUCCAAAAAAAAUAUAUAUAUAAAAAAAAAGAAUCAUCAGUUUUCUUUAUUCAUAUAUUCUUCUAUUAAUAAUACAUUCAUAGAAUUUCGCCCCAAAACUAUCGAAGAAAUAUUUUAUGAAUUUAUGUUAGAAAGAAAAAAUACAAACAUUAUAUAUAAAAAAAAUAUUAUGAUCAAAAAAAAAAAAUGCAGCACUUAUAAAAAGAAUCGCCUCAGUAUUAUUUUAAAAGAAUUAAGAAAAGAUAAAAAGAACAGAAAAGAAUUAACUAAUAUCGUGUUUAAGUUAAUUGUUCACUUUUGUAAAAAUAAAAAAUAUUAUAUAGCUGCAAAAAUAUUUAUUAUGAUGUAUACAUAUUUAGAUAACAAAGAAAAGGUUAUCUAUGAUAUUAUCAAAAUGUUUUUUCUCCAUAACAAAUUAUAUAUCAUUUCAUUAUAUUACACAAAACUCAAAUAUGCCCUUCAAAAUAAACAACAUGGAUGCUUCAAAAAAAGGAAAAAAAUCAAAAAAAACAAACACGCAAUUUAUAAUAUAAAUAGAACCAUAUUUCUCACAACAAAUGAUUUAAGCAUGAAGGAUCAAAAGGAAAGAUAUUAUAAUACAAUAAGAGUGAGCAAAAAAUUAAAUAUAAAAAUUAAUUUUAAAUUAAAAAUAGAAAAAAAUGUAAAUAAGUUGGUUUAUAUCAAACAUAAUAAUAAUAUAAUAAACCCACAAAUAAAAUAUAUUACCUUGAUAAAAAUGAAAAAAAAAAAUAAAAUUAAAAGUAUGUUAUAUAUAAUCUUUUGUUUAAUAAAAUAUUAUCAUAAUAUAAAAAAUUUUAUUGCACAAGAGAAAAAUGAAAAUAAUAAUAAAAAUGAUAAAAUGAGUAAUAAUAAUAAUAACAAUAAUCAUAAUAAUAAUCAUAAUAAUAACAAUAAUCAUAAUAAUAAUCAUAAUAAUAACAAUAAUCAUAAUAAUAAUCAUAAUAAUAAUCAUAAUAAUUAUCAUAAUAAUUAUCAUAAUAAUAAUCAUAAAAUAAUACGCCCUUUCCGUGUGCAAGAAGAAAAUAAUUUAUCAAUAUAUAUUAAAAAAAAAAAAAAAGAACGUCAUAAAUUAAAAAAAAAAGAGGUAGUAGUAGAAAAAAACAAUGAAAAAAAAAAAAAAAAAAUUGAAAUGUAUGAAGAAAACAAUAAAAAUUAUUAUAAUAAAGAUAUAAAAAAAAAUCAAAAGAAUGAAAAAAAAAAUUUCUUUUUUUUAACAAAAAAUUUAUUUAACAAAUUUCUGGUUUUUUUGUUAUAUUCGAAUGUUUAUGAAUUUAAAAAAAUAUUUGAAAGUUCUUCUAGCGAGGAUUUAAAUAUAUAUAUGUUGAGUAAACAUAUUAUAUAUUUAUUAAAAGAUAAUUUUAUAUUUAUAAAUAAUAGAUUAAGAAAUUAUUAUAAUUUAUAUCGAUAUACAUUAUAUUACAGGUACAAAACAAAGAAAACAUAUAAUAACAAUUAUUUCUUAUAUAAACAAAAAAAAAUAAAUAAAAAAUUUAAAAAUUUUAAAAUUAAUAAUAGUAAUACUAAUACUAAUAAUAACAGAAAUAUUAAAUAUAAUAACAAAAAUUAUUGUUAUUGUAAUCUCAUUAGUUAUUGUGAAAAUAUUAAAAAAAAUCAUAAUAAUUUAAAAAAUAUUAAUAAAAAAUAUUAUCAUAAUAAUAAUCAACAGACUUCACAUUCUUUUUCGCCUUCUCCUUUACAUUCGACUAUAUAUUCGCCACUUCUUUGUUGUUUUUGUUCAUCUCCUUUUUUUUCUUCUUCAGCCGAAGACUAUCCUAUAAGGAUUACUUCAAGUAACGCCGAAAAAAAAAUUCUUUUAGAUAUAUUACUAUAUAUAUUUUUUCAUUUUGAUAUUAUUAAUUUUAAAGAUAUCAAUUGUUUUUUUAAAGACUGUUUAAAGAAUGAUUCAGAAUUAUUAUCUGUAAAUAAGAAAAUAUUAAAUUUUAAAGAAAAGUAUAAAUUAAUAACGAGUAUAGGAAAAAAAAUACCCGUCAACGAUAUAACUAAUAUACAGAAUAAACAAGACUACCAUAUUAAUAAUAAUAAUCAUACAAAUUGUAAUUCCGAAAUAAUUGAUCCCAAAAAAUUUUAUACUAUUCAAAAAAACGAACAAGAGGAAUAUAUACAUCCAAAGGUUCCCAAAAAUAACCAUAUUUAUCAUAUUAAUAAUCUAUGUGAUAAUUAUAAAAAGAAUAAUUCUUUAUCUUUAGGUUAUCAUAAAAAAGAUGAUAAUAAUAAUAAUAUUUACGCAAAAUAUUGUUUUGUAAACAUGAGUAAUUCAACAUAUGAUAUUAAACAAAAAAAGAAGGAGCAUCUAAUAAAAGAAAAAGAUGAAAAAAUAUUUAAUAAGAAUUGUAAAAAGUAUCAGAAAAAUGUGCAAGAUGAAAAUGGUCCAAAAUGUAAUAAUAAUAUACGCAAAAUAGAAAAAAAAAAAAUUGAUAAAUAUAAUUUUAAUAAUACAUAUAUAAUACAAGAAAGUAAAAAUGAUUUAUUAUAUAAUAAUAAUAAUAAUAAUAAUAAUAAUAAUAAUCAUCAUCAUCAUAUAAAUACAACAAAUGAUAAAUACUUUUAUAACCUAAAUAAACAUCCAUAUGAUUAUAGUCACUUCUCUAAAGAUACCUCAUUCACUACUUUAGAUUAUUUUGAGAAUCAGUGUGAUAAUAUGAAAAAAUUGGAGAUUAUAAAAAUGUUAUUAAAUAUAAAAAGCGAGAAGGUGUUUCUAUAUUUAAAACAAUGUAAUUGUAAUGUUGUGAAAGAAAUUAUUCAUAAACAUGUUAUAAAACUCUGUAAACUAAAUUUAAAAAAAACAGUAAAAUUGUUAUUAAUUAUAAAUAUAAAAGAAAAAAAAAAUGAAGAAUAUCUUUUCUAUCCACAUAUAAUUAUAAACAAAUUAAAAAAAAAACCAUAUUAUCUAUAUCAUUAUUUGAAAAAUAUAAAAGAUGAAUAUUAUAUUAGCAAAUAUAUAAAUGUAAUCAUAUUUUUAAUGUUUAUUUUUGAUCCCUUAUAUCUAGAAAAAUUUAUUAACAAAUAUUAUAAAUAUAUAUAUUUUAAGAAGAUAUUAUUUUUUAUAUCCUUUUUUAAUUAUUUAUAUACCAAUGAACAAAAUAUAUUCUCUUUUCAAAAAAAGCAUGAACAUAUUAGUAAUAAUAAUUCGCUUGAUAAAACCAUCGAAUCUGAUGAUAAAAAUGGAAAGAUUGGUAUAUUGUUAACCAAUAUAGAGAAUACAAAUCUACACAAUGUAGAAUGUGUAGAUCAAAAUGAACAACAAAAAGAUGAAAAAAAUAUAUGUAACAAUAAUAAUAAUGAUUGUAAUAAUAAUAAUGAUUGUAAUAAUAAUAAUGAUUGUAAUAAUAGCUGUAUUGAUAAACAUAUAUCUGUAAACGUAGUUGAACAAGAAAAAAAGAAUCAUAUUCUUUCAUAUAUAUAUUGCAAAAACAAUUUUAUGAUGAAUAAAAAAGAAAAAUUAUUCGUUAAUAGUAAUACUAAAAAAAGUAUGUUUUAUUUUAAAAAUAAAUACGUCUCUUUGAUUUAUAAACAUUUAUUAAAUGAUAGAGAUAAUGAAGAAGAUAAGAAAGAAUUAUUCCGUAUCUUUAAUAUUGUUCAAAACAACUCAAGAACCAAUAUGAAUAAGAGCAUGGAGUUUUUUCUACAUAUCAAAGCUUUAGUGUAUUUAAAAUUCGGAUAUAUAAAUAGAGCUCUGCAAAUCUUUUUAAAGUUGAACAAUUAUUUAAAAAUAUUUUAUAUUAUGAUACAUCAUAAUGUUAAGAUAUAUGACGAAAGGAUAAAAAGAAGGAUGAAAUAUUAUAUAGGUUCAUCAGAUUACUUUAAUAAUAGUAUUAAGAAAGAUAAAUAUGGGGUAUGUAAAAUAAGUGAUUCUAAAAAUAAAACCUUCAAUAAUAAUAUUAUUAAUAUUGUUGAUAUUGUUAAUGUUGAUAAUGUUGAUAAUGAUGAUGAUAAUAAUAACAAUAUUUAUAAUACAUAUAAUAAUUAUAAUAAUUCUUAUUAUCAUAAUUAUCAUGAUGUAAGGAACAAAUUAAACAACAGUGACAAAACAAUUCUUAUAGAAAAAUAUUAUGAAGAUAAUAAAAAUGAUUUUUUUAAAAAUAAUAUGAAUUAUGAUGAUAUAUUAUAUAAUAGAAGAGAAGCAAAUAAUUAUUAUGAUGAUACAUUAAUUUUUAAAAAUAAAAUUAAUGAGCAUAAAAAGUUCGUAGUUAAUAAAAAAUAUAAAAUUAUAAAAUGUAUUGAUAAUACAUAUACGUUUAAAGUUAAUAAAUAUUUAUCAAAAAAAAAAAUAUAUAAAAAAUUAUUUAUGUUGUAUCAUAAAAUUGUUAUUUAUAAACAUAUUAUGGAUUUAAAAAAUAAAAAUAAUAAAAUAUUCAACACAAAUGAUGAUAUAAGCUUCAAUAAUAUAAACGAUACCCUUGAAAAAAAAGAAAAUAAAUCAUGUAAUAGUAUUGAUUAUAUUAUAGAAAAAGGAAUACAUAAUAAUUCGGAGUAUUCCUUUUAUGAUCAACAAAUAAUGCUUGACUUAUAUAAUCAUCAACAAUAUAUGAUAAAUAAUAUAAAACAAGAAAAAAAUAAAAAAAUAAAAAAUUAUAAUCAUAUCAUAUCAGAAAUAAAAAGAGAAAAACAUAUAAACUCCAAUUUGUUAUGUAAAAAAAAUAGGAAAUAUACACACAAGAAGAAAUAUAAUAUGUUAUAUUUAAAUAAUAAUAAAUUUAUAAAAAACAAAAUACAUAAAUAUAAUUCUGAUACAAAUGUGUUACAGAAUUAUCUAAAUAAUAAUAUUAAUCAUCAUAUGAAUUAUUUUACAUUAACUUAUUUACUAGAACAAUGCUUUUAUAAAAAUGAUUUAUGUGAAAACUACAACAAUAUAUUAUUAAAUAAUAAAAAGUCCAUAUUUAAUUUCUUAAAUAAUAUGAAAAAAAAAGGAUAUACUAUAUAUAAUGGACAUAUGAAAAAAGAUAUAAAAAAAAAUGAAGUUAACUUAUUAGAUAUUAAUGAUUUCUAUUUUCUAAAUAAUACAAAUAACAAAACACAAAUCAAUAAAAAAAAUUCAGAUGAUAGUUUCUAUUUUGAUGAAUAUAAUAAUAAUAAACAAACACAACAAAAUCAUAAACAUAAAUAUCAUAUACAAAAAAGAAAAAUAUCUUCAAAUGUUUAUCUUUAUGAAGAUAUAAAUAAUAAUCAAUAUAUUUCAAAUAUUUCUUCUUUCUGUUCCUUAUGUUUGAAUAAUGUAUAUAUUAAUCCAAACACAAAUAAGGACGAGGCAAAUAAAAAAAAUACGCUUGUAUUCUUUUUUUGUAAUCACUUAUAUCAUUUGAAAUGUCUCCACAAUGGUGAGUUCUUAUGUAAGUCAUGUGAAAGUUGA